AAAUAAAUAAAUCAGUUAUUAUUACAAGGCUGGCCUCUCCGCCUUCCUCUCCCUCCCUCGAAUCCAAACGCCAAUGCAAAUGCUGCUCCACGCCAGCUCCGCCUUCGCCCUCGCGCCACCCCCGCGCGUCGCCGCCGCCGCCGCCGCCGCCCCGUCGUCAGCUUCGCCGAGGAGGUCAGGCGCAGCGCGGGCCUCUCCGCCGCCGGCGCAUUCCGCGCGCGCCGCGGCUCCCGGGACCCUGAGGGUGCUCCACGCCGCGCCGAGGCCCCCCAUGGCGACGGGGAAGGAGGACGCCGGCGCUGACGUCGGCGUCGCCGAGGCCACCCAGGAGUUUUUGUCAGAUGCAAGAGCUUACUGGGUCACCAAGUCCCUGAUUGCCUGGGAUGUCAGCGAUCAAGAAACCUCCCUGUACUUAUAUGCAAGCAGAAGUGCUACAAUGUGCAUGUCAAAUGGGGUUGUUGAAGGUUAUGAUUCCAAAGUUCAGCUGCAACUGGAACACGGCGGGCUUCCAGCCAGUGUGACUGAGAAAUUCCCUUUUAUCAGCUGCUAUAGAGCCUUCAGAGUUCCAAGCUCUGUUGAUGUUGCCAGCCUUGUGAAAUGCCAACUGGCUGUCGCUUCUUUUGAUGGUCAUGGGAAAAGCCAAGAUUUUACUGCAUUGCAACUACCUGGCGUGUUGGAUGACAUGUUUGCCUACACUGGACCACUUGGCGCAGUUUUCAGUGAGAAAGCUGUGAGUCUGCAUCUAUGGGCUCCUACAGCACAGGAUGUGAGUGUGAGCUUCUAUGAUGGUCCAGUGGGGCCUUUACUGGAGGCUGUGCAACUCAAUGAGUCAAAUGGUGUUUGGAGUGUUACUGGUCCAAAAAACUGGGAGAACAGGUAUUAUCUGUAUGAAGUCACAGUAUAUCAUCCAGCUACAUCACAAGUUGAGAAAUGUUUGGCUGAUGAUCCUUAUGCUAGAGGGCUGUCUGCAAAUGGAACACGGACUUGGUUGGUCGACAUUAAUAGUGAAACAUUGAAGCCACCUUCAUGGGAUAAAUUGGCGGCGGAAAAGCCAAAGCUUGAUUCUUUUUCUGACAUAAGCAUAUAUGAAUUGCAUAUUCGCGAUUUCAGUGCCCAUGAUAGCACCGUGGACUGUCAUUCUCGAGGAGGAUUCUGCGCAUUUACAUGUCAGGAUACAGCAGGAAUACGACACCUAAGGAAACUGUCUGAUGCUGGUUUGACUCAUGUGCAUUUGUUGCCAAGCUUUCAAUUUGGAGGUGUUGAUGACAUUAAGAACAAUUGGAAAUUUGUUGAUGAGGCUGAGCUGUCAAAACUCCCUCCAGGAUCAGAUUUACAACAAGAUGCAGUUGUAGCUAUUCAGGAAGAGGACCCUUAUAAUUGGGGAUAUAACCCUGUGCUUUGGGGAGUUCCGAAAGGAAGCUAUGCAAGUAACCCAGAUGGUCCAAAUCGUAUUAUUGAAUACCGACAGAUGGUCCAGGCCCUGAAUCACUUAGGUCUUCGUGUUGUCAUGGAUGUUGUAUACAAUCAUUUAUACUCAAGUGGCCCUUCUGCCACCACUUCGGUGCUUGACAAGAUUGUACCUGGAUACUACCUUAGAAGGGAUACUAAUGGUCAGAUUGAGAACAGCGCAGCCGUGAACAAUACAGCAAGCGAGCAUUUCAUGGUUGAUAGAUUAAUCGUGGAUGACCUUCUGAAUUGGGCAGUAAAUUACAAAGUUGAUGGGUUCAGAUUUGAUCUUAUGGGACAUAUCAUGAAAAAGACAAUGAUGAGAGCAACAUCUGCUCUUCAGAGCCUUACAAUAGAUGAACAUGGCGUGGAUGGUUCAAAGAUAUACUUGUAUGGUGAAGGAUGGGACUUUGGUGAAGUCGCACAAAAUAAACGUGGGAUAAAUGGAUCCCAGCUUAAUAUGAGUGGCACAGGGAUUGGUAGUUUCAAUGACAGAAUCCGUGAUGCUAUUAAUGGGGGGAGUCCAUUUGGUAAUCCACUACAACAAGGUUUUUCUACUGGUCUAUUCCUAGAGCCAAAUGGAUUUUAUCAGGGCAAUGAAACAGAAACCAGGCUCACGCUUGCUACAUACAGUGACCAUAUACAGAUUGGAUUAGCUGGUAAUCUGAAGGACUAUGUACUAAUAUCUCAUACCGGAGAAGUUAAGAAAGGAUCUGAAGUUCGCACUUUCGAUGGGUCACCUGUUGGCUAUACUUCAUCCCCUAUAGAAACAAUCAACUAUGCUUCUGCUCAUGACAAUGAAACUCUAUUUGACAUUAUUAGUCUAAAGACCCUGAUGAGCCUCUCAAUUGACGAGAGAUGCAGGAUAAAUCAUUUGUCCACAAGCAUCAUUGCAUUAUCCCAGGGAAUACCAUUUUUCCAUGCUGGUGAUGAGAUACUGCGAUCUAAGUCGCUUGAUCGUGAUUCAUAUAACUCUGGUGAUUGGUUUAACAAGCUUGAUUUUACCUAUGAAACAAACAAUUGGGGUGUUGGGCUUCCACCAAGGGAAAAGAAUGAAGGGAGUUGGCCUUUGAUGAAACAAAGAUUGGAGAACCCGUCAUUCAAAUCUACAAAAGAUCACAUUCUUUCGGCCUUAGACAAUUUUGUUGACAUACUGAAGAUUAGAUACUCAUCGCCACUAUUUCGUCUAAGUACAGCAAGUGACAUUGAGCAACGUGUUCACUUUCACAACACAGGCCCAUCUUUGGUUCCGGGAGUUAUUAUCAUGAGCAUUGAAGAUGCACGGAAUGAUACGUAUGAGAUGGCCCAGUUAGAUAAAAACUUCUCUUGUGUCGUUACAGUCUUCAAUGCAUGUCCACACGAAGUAUCAAUGGAAAUCCCUGAUCUCAUGUCAAUGGAGCUUCAGUUGCAUCCUGUGCAGGUGAACUCAUCGGAUGCUUUAGUCCGGCAAUCCGCAUUCGACUCCACUACUGGUCGAUUCACAAUACCCACAAGAACAACAGCAGUGUUCGUUGAACCCAGGUGCUGAUGCCUUUUGCAAACAAAUGCAUUUCGGCAUCGAAGAAAGUGAGUGUAAGAAUAGGAGUCCUUAAAUAUGUAUACAUAAAGAGAUGGAUUGAAGCUAAGGGCAUGUCUUGGCUAGUUUAUAUAAAAAUAAGGUGCCAGUUUAUAUAAAAAUAAGAUGCCCAAGUCGCCAAUGCUUGGCUGCCAUGUGUAUGUUGCUGAUCAUCAAAACAAGAGUGUAUUGCAUGGUUUGCAAAAUAAAUGAAGGGCCUUGGUUCCUUAUCUUUUUGCAA